UUGCAUUGUUGAUUUGUGCGGACAAAACCUCUGCCAUAAACCCUAACGAGAAUAAACUAACUUCGUUACGGAACCAGUGUAACCUCAAUCCAAAAUGGGGAAGAGGGACAAACAACCAUCGCAAUCAUCCUCCGACGAGCUUCUCAAAACCCUAGGAGACUUCACUAGCAAGGAAAACUGGGAUAAGUUUUUCACAAUUCGGGGCACUGAUGACUCUUUCGAGUGGUAUGCUGAGUGGACUGAGCUCCGCCAACCACUCCUCGCCCUUCUUGAUGGAGCUCCGCCCACUGGAAACCACGACACUUCUCUUCAUCCUAACUCUCCGCUGCAGAUUCUCGUGCCUGGUUGCGGCAAUUCGCGCUUAUCGGAGCAUCUGUAUGAUGCGGGGUUUAAGGAUAUUACGAAUAUUGAUUUCUCGAAAGUUGUGAUUUCCGAUAUGCUGAGGAGGAAUGUGAGAGAAAGACCUGGCAUGCGUUGGCGGGUCAUGGACAUGACCGGAAUGCAGUUCGCAGAUGAGACAUUUGAUGCUGUUCUUGAUAAAGGUGGAUUGGAUGCUUUGAUGGAGCCAGAGCUUGGGCCUAAGCUGGGGACGCAAUAUUUGUCAGAGGUGCAAAGAGUUCUGAAAUCUGGGGGCAAGUUUAUUUGUCUUACCCUGGCAGAGUCUCAUGUUUUAGGUUUGCUUUUCUCUAAGUUUCGGUUUGGGUGGAGGAUGAGUGUUCAGGCGAUCCCACAUAAACCAUCUGCCAAACCUAGCCUUCGAACCUUUAUGGUGAUUGCUGAGAAAGAUAUUUCUACUAAUUUGCUCCCGAUAACAUCAUCAUUUGAUCAUUGUUCUCUUGAUUGCAGUGGAAGCCAGGCUGCUGGUCUGCAUGAAGCUGUUGAAAAUGAGAAUCAGAUUCGUAGAGAAUAUUCAAGUGGUUCUGACAUAUUGUACUCUCUUGAAGAUCUGCAAUUAGGAGCUAAAGGGGACUUGACAAAGCUUAGCCAAGGUCGUCGUUUUCAGCUUACUUUGGGUGGGCAAGGAGGCUCUCGUUUCACUUACAGAGCUGUCCUUCUAGAUGCCAAGGACAAUUCUGUCCCAUUCUCAUAUCAUUUUGGUGUUUUCAUUGUGCCUAAGACGCGAGCUCAUGAAUGGCUGUUCUCUUCAGAAGAAGGACAGUGGCUGGUGAUUGAAAGCUCAAAGGCAGCUCGUCUCAUUAUGGUUAUACUUGACAGCAGUCACGCUAAUAUUAGCAUGGAUGAUAUUCAGAAGGAUUUAUCUCUGCUGGUUAAACAGUUGGCACCUGGAAAGGAUGACAAUGGAUCACAAAUACCUUUCAUGAUGGCGGGUGAUGGAAUCAAACAACGGCAUAUUCUGCUCAAGGUUACAUCUUCAUUAACUGGCACAAUAAUUGUUGAAGAUGUGGUUUAUGAAAAUGUUGAUGGUGAUGUUAGUCGGCUUUUUCCAUCUAAAGAUUUGAUAUUCCGUCGUCUCAUCUUCCAACGAACUGAGGGCUUGGUGCAGUCUGAAGCUCUUCUUACCAGGGAUGAAUCUUCCCCUAAAGCUGUUGAAAUGGAAAGGAAAAAACCUUCAUCUUCAAAAUCUAAGAGAAGAGGAUAUCAGAAACGAAAUGGUGAACCAAGCAACAGGCUGAAGGUUUAUCAUGACUAUUUGGCAAGUUCUUACCAUACUGGGAUCAUUUCUGGCUUUAUGUUGAUCUCAUCAUAUUUGGAAAGUGUGGUAUCAGCUGGAAAUAUGGUUAAUGCGGUUGUAGUAGGUCUUGGGGCUGGUUUAUUUCCUAUGUUUCUCCACGGAUGUAUGCCUUUUUUGCAAAUUGAGGUGGUGGAGUUGGAUCCCGUGAUACUUAAUAUAGCAAGGGACUACUUUGGUUUUGAUGAAGAUAAAUACUUGAAGGUGCAUAUUGCUGAUGGAAUUAAGUUUGUUAGAGAGUUUAAUAACCAUGCACCAAGUGAUAGAAUACUCCACCAACAUGAGGAUACUUCAGGCAUUUCAAAGUCAUCUUCAAAGGGAAGUUGCAUUAUUUCUCAUGCAGAUGGCAACAUGAGUCCUGGGCUUGAUAUACUUGUUAUUGAUGUGGAUUCCUCAGAUUCAAGCUCUGGGAUGACCUGCCCAGCUGCAGAUUUUGUGGAAGAGUCGUUUCUCCUAACUGUUAAAGAUUCCCUUUCUGAGCAAGGUCUGUUUGUUGUUAAUUUGGUCUCAAGGUCCUCGGCUAUUAAAGAUAUGGUUAUUGAAAGGAUGAAAACGGUCUUCUCCCACCUCUUCAGCCUUCAGCUUGAGAAAGAUGUCAAUAUAGUCCUUUUUGGUCUUUGUUCAGAAUUUUGUGUCCAGGAGGACUCCUUCCCUGAGGCUGCGCUUCAGCUUGAAAAGCUACUGAAAUUCAAGCACCCAGAAAUAAGUAAAAGUAUUAUAGAACCCUCAAAGAAGAUAAAAUGUUUGAAAUGAUAGGCGUCCAAGUAGAUAUUCCCAAUUGAAAUUCCUGUCUAAAGAUGAAUAUGAAUACAAACCAAAGUUUUUUGGUUCCGGCAACAAGGUGACGGGGAAGGGAAGUUGUCGUAUGGAAUGGAAUGGAAUGUGGACCGUCUGAUUGAUUCCUGGAGGGAGGCGGAAGAAGUGGAAAGAGUAUAUGCAGUGAAUCUGAUAAAGAUUGGUAUCCUUUUGUUCUUGGCGUUACAGUCAUGUCUGAGAGAUGAUGGAUAUAUACUUGCUUGUUCUCUGUGGUUGUCUUUAUUGAUAAUUUAGUUUGAGUGGAGAAUGUUAUUGAUGACUUUUUUUAAAUUUUAAUUUCAUAGAAAAUGUCCUCCAUGCUCUUGAAA